CUAAACAACCACACGUCCGGAUCGACCAUCUGAUCACGUGGGGGGCGGACACACGACUACGAAAUUACUGGCGUGGCUAACGUGGCUCUGGAUACCCAUUCAAAAUGGAGACUCGUUCAAAGAGGAAACGUAUAGGACCGCUGCCCGGGGGCGAUCGCCGGGGCACACCUGGAGCUGACGCUGGGUGUUUCAGCAUGCGAACCGUCAGUGGUGCGGAGUUGAGCAGGCGGGCUCCCACCAACAAAGAUACUACAGCCGAUAUCAGUGACGACGGCGACACACAAACAAACAGAUCAAACACACCACUGGAGCCAUAUAGCCCCAGUACCAUAUCAUACACACCGUCUAGAUCCUCAUCACCAUCCAUACCGUCGUCACCAGUUUCUCACACCGUUUCACUUACUCCGGCCUUGGAUGUUGCGCGGGGGGCAAAUGCCUUUCUACCCGCGUCCACCAAGGCUGGAAAACCUAGAGUUCGCAUGAAGUGGAGUAAAGAAGUAAACAUAUUCAUCAUGCGAACUUACUUCUACAUCACGAAAUUAGAAACUGACAUGACCAUUUACAGAAAAGUCUUGCAUGAACUCUUCUGCCGACAAUAUCCUGAUGUUAAUGUAUCCGAACAGCGAAUUUCAGACCAAAGAAGAACAAUAGUUAGAAAUAAUCUCUUAUCCCCACAAAUUAUAGACCAAAUAAAAGAAGAAAUACGGCAACAACUAGAAGCAGAAUCAGAAAAUAGUCAAGUCACAACAUCGAGUCCGCAAAACAUACAAACAAACGAUCAACAAACACACCCGUUCACUCAAACACAACCUCUUAACACGCAAUCACAACCAUAUAACUACACACAAACAACACACUCAUCUACACAAACAGACUCUAUCACAUUAACCCUAGAAAAUGAUAUCGACACCUUAGCCCCAGUAGAACAAGCGACAAUCACAGAAGAAUACACACAACAAAUAUACGACAAGUUCAAAACGACACUCACACAAUAUUCAGGUAUGGAUCCCGCAUCACGACCAAGGUUACCGAAGCUCCCGUAUAAUCGUAACCUUUUUAGGUUAGUCAAUUUGUUUAAUGAAAGUAUUAUCGCACAUUUUAUCUCAGAAGAAGCCCAACUUACAGACUUACACACUAUUAUAUACUGUACAGCUUUAGUCAUAUCGGAAGAACUAAAUUUUAAAAUAACAGGAGAAACAGGAAACAGAAGGCCAAGGACCAGCAUUAAGCCACCAUGGCAACAAAGAUUAGAAAAAGGUAUAGAAAAAUUAAGAGCAGAUUGUGGUAGACUUACACAAUACAUUAAUAACAAUAGAUCACAUAAAGUAGUCAGAAAAGUAGAGGCAAUUUUUAAAAACACACGCAUACACACCAGACACGAAAAUGACAACCGUACACCCGAGGAAUUCUUAGAUACAUUGAAACAAAAACUAGCACUAAAAGUACACAGACUUAGAAGAUACAAAAAAGCACAACAACGCAGAAAUGAUAACACCAUAUUUACAACAAACGAAAAAAUAUUCUACAGAAAACUAAAUACAUCACACACCAACAUAACAGACGACCUGAACACGACACCAUCAAAAGAACAACUAGAAGCAUUUUGGGCGGGAAUUUGGGAAGAAUCAGUUAAUCAUAAUGAUAGAGCUGCUUGGGUAACAGAGGAAGAAACAAAGUGGAUAGGUAUAGAUGAAAUGGAAUUUAUAGAAAUCACAGAAUCUGAUAUUGCAAACGUAACAGCUAGACUACAUAACUGGAAAUCCCCUGGAAUAGACAAAGUACAUAAUUUUUGGUAUAAGAAAUUAACUAUCCUACAUAAACACAUAGCUAAAAAUUUAACUGAAAUAGUCUUAGGUAAGCAAAGAAUACCGGAAUUCAUAGCGACAGGAAUAACGUACAUGUUACCCAAAGCUAAACAUUCACCACAGCCUUCACAGUACAGACCUAUCACCUGUUUACCCACAAUUUACAAAAUACUCACAUCAGCUAUUACAAUCAAAAUUAAUUCACACAUAGAACGACAUAAAAUAAUGGCAGAGGAACAGAAGGGAUGCAGGCGAGGCCACAUGGGGUGCAAAGAACAAUUAAUCAUCGAUUCCACUAUACACAAACACGCCACAUCCAAAAAUAGAAAUCUUCAUUGUACUUACAUUGACUAUAAAAAAGCCUUUGAUAGUGUCCCACAUUCUUGGUUGAUACAAAUAUUAGAGAUAUAUAAAAUAAAUAAUAAAAUUAUAGAUUUUCUUCGUAACAUAAUGCCUCAUUGGAAAACUACACUACUGAUUAAUACUACCAACAAUAACAUCAUUACACGACAGAUAAGUAUCAAGAAAGGUAUCUACCAAGGAGACUCCCUAAGCCCCUUGUGGUUCUGCCUCGCCCUGAAUCCUCUCUCUCAUUUGCUGCAGCGUUGCCAUGCCGGAUAUUGCCUCAAACAUAACUCUGAAGAAACAAUAGUCUCACAUCUAGUAUAUAUGGAUGACAUUAAACUGUACGCUAAAUCAGAAAAAGAAAUGAAAAAUCUAAUAGACAUAACAGCAACUUUUAGCAAGGACAUUAAUAUGGAAUUUGGUUUAGACAAAUGUAAGACUUUACACAUUAUACGAGGCAAAAUACGGCCUGGCGACUAUGUAGUUAAUGACAGAGACACUAUAACAGCAAUGGAACAGACCGACUUAUAUAAGUAUUUAGGCUACACACAACUUAAAGGAUUAGACCACGUAAAAAUAAAAAAUACACUCACUGCCGAAUACAGAAGACGAUUAAACGCAAUAUGUAAAACACAACUUUCGGGAAAACAUCUUAUUAAAGCCAUUAACACUUUCGCUGUUCCGGUGUUAACCUAUUCUUUCGGUGUCAUUAAAUGGACAAAAACCGACGCAGAACAACUAGAACGCACAACACGCACUACACUCACCAAACAUAAUAAUUUACAUCCAAAAUCGGCAAUAGAGAGGCUCACCAUUAAAAGACAAAAUGGUGGGAGAGGCUUAAUAGACAUCUAUCAGCUCUGGCAAAAGCAAAUCCGCAAAUUAAAAUCAUUUUUCCACUUGAAAUCUCAAACUAGUGAUAUCCAUAAAGCUGUAGUCAACAACGAUUUCAAUUACACACCCCUUAACCUAAAUGAACCAAUAGAUGUAGAAAACUCCAACGAAAUUGAUCCGCAGAAAGAAAAGAUAGAAGCCUGGAAAAGAAAAGUCCUCCAUGGCCGACAUCCGCAUGACUUAGAACAAGCCCACGUAAACACCAUCGCCUCGAAUAAGUGGCUAAAAAUAGGAAAUUUAUUCCCAGAAACCGAAGGAUUUAUUAUAGCUAUUCAGGACCAAAUUAUUAACACUAAAAACUACAGGAAAUUCAUUAUUAAAGACCCUACAGUAACUAACGAUAAAUGUCGCAAAUGUCACCUACAGCCAGAAACUAUACAACAUAUAACAGGAGCCUGCACAACACUCACACAAACCGAUUACACACACAGACACAACCAGAUAGUAAACGUCAUUCACCAAAAACUUGCACUCAAAUACACACUCAUACAAAACACAAACACACCAUACUACAAAUACACGCCAGAAACCGUUCUAGAAAACAGCACACACAAACUCUACUACGAUCGCGCCAUACUUACCGAUAGGACAAUACAUUACAAUAGACCGGACAUAACACUACAGGACAAAAUCAAUAAAAUAACUUACUUAAUAGAUAUCGCAGUACCAAACACCCACAACAUACAAAAAACAAUUACCGAAAAAAUUACAAAAUAUGCAGAACUCAAAGAUGAGGUCACAAGAAUUUGGAAGCAAAAUAAAGUUUAUGUAGUCCCCAUAGUUCUCUCCACCACAGGUGUAAUUCCAAAUCAUCUUCUCCAUAGCCUCAAAUUAUUAGACCUAAAAGAAACAUUGUAUAUAACCCUCCAAAAAGCAGCAAUUCUAAAUACCUGUAGAAUAGUCAGAAAGUUCAUGCAAAUAGAAGACAACGAGAUUAAUCACCAAACGACACCCACAAACACCUAACCCUACUCACCACACCUGUAUUUACUUGGCCUCGGCCCGUAAAUAUGGAUGAAACUAGCUUCACAGCUAAGAAAAGAGAUACUUUCUCAAAAAUAAUAAUAAUAAUAAUAAGUCCGCAAGGCAGCUUGUGGCGAGCUGUUGGGCAGUGGCGACCCCACGGACCUGACUCCCGGGAGAGGCCCUACUUUUUAACUCCGGUUAGUACUCGUGACUAUCCGGAGUGGCCUCUCCUACCUCACUCUUGCCUUAAUCGGCUGGUUUGAGUGGAGAUUCGCAAGAGUGGAGUUGCCUUCAGCUCCACUUGGGGGAAGGACGUAUCCCAGUAAGAUGCUGGUAGGGGUCUUGACCGUACUUCCGGGAUUGCUCUGAUAGCCGUGGGAUGCCCUCCCUUCCUCAAGCAGCUCAACGGAUGUUGCUUCCCUUGUCGCUACAUGCUAGCGGCCGUUUCCGGGGGCCCACUAUUGAGUUUGCGAGUCACCCCCUGCCUGUUUAUCCGUAUUUUUCAAUAUUGGUCAGGGGCAGGGGCCAUAGUCCCCAUAGUUAACCGGUUAACUAUUCCACAGCCACCCACACCCAUAUCCCUAUCAUUUCCUUUUACCAUAUCUCACAAUAGUCCUGCAUCAACCGGGGAUUGUCCUUUGGUGUACUUCCAUAGUGCAUACAGGGAUAAUCGCCGGCUGAUGUCCCAUUACAUUUAGAUUAAAAUUGUUCAACGGGCCUCUGCGAGUUGGCUUCGGCCCCUCGUACGCCUUCCAAAGGUCCGGGACCCUGUGGUCCCGUGAUUAUGUAAUGAACAAACAUAAUAAUAAUAAAUAAUAAAUAAUAAUAAUAAUAAAUAAUAAGUCCGCAAGGCAGCUUGUGGGUCCGCAAGGCAGCUUGUGGGUCCGCAAGGCAGCUUGUGGCGAGCUGUUGGGCAGUGGCGACCCCACGGACCUGACUCCCGGGAGAGGCCCUACUUUUUAACUCCGGUUAGUACUCGUGACUAUCCGGAGUGGCCUCUCCUACCUCACUCUUGCCUUAAUCGGCUGGUUUGAGUGGAGAUUCGCAAGAGUGGAGUUGCCUUCAGCUCCACUUGGGGGAAGGACGUAUCCCAGUAAGAUGCUGGUAGGGGUCUUGACCGUACUUCCGGGAUUGCUCUGAUAGCCGUGGGAUGCCCCCCCUUCCUCAAGCAGCUCAACGGAUGUUGCUUCCCUUGUCGCUACAUGCUAGCGGCCGUUUCCGGGGGCCCACUAUUGAGUUUGCGAGUCACCCCCUGCCUGUUUAUCCGUAUUUUUCAAUAUUGGUCAGGGGCAGGGGCCAUAGUCCCCAUAGUUAACCGGUUAACUAUUCCACAGCCACCCACACCCAUAUUCCUAUCAUUUCCUUUUACCAUAUCUCGCAAUAGUCCUGCAUCAACCGGGGAUUGUCCUUUGGUGUACUUCCAUAGUGCAUACAGGGAUAAUCGCCGGCUGAUGUCCCAUUACAUUUAGAUCAAAAUUGUUCAACGGGCCUCUGCGAGUUGGCUUCGGCCCCUCGUACGCCUUCCAAAGGUCCGGGACCCUGUGGUCCCGUGAUUAUGUAAAGAACAUACAUAAUAAUAAGUCCGCAAGGCAGCUUGUGGCGAGCUGUUGGGCAGUGGCGACCCCACGGACCUGACUCCCGGGAGAGGCCCUACUUUUUAACUCCGGUUAGUACUCGUGACUAUCCGGAGUGGCCUCUCCUACCUCACUCUUGCCUUAACCGGCUGGUUUGAGUGGAGAUUCGCAAGAGUGGAGUUGCCUUCAGCUCCACUUGGGGGAAGGACGUAUCCCAGUAAGAUGCUGGUAGGGGUCUUGACCGUACUUCCGGGAUUGCUCUGAUAGCCGUGGGAUACCUCCCCUUCCUCAAGCAGCUCAACGGAUGUUGCUUCCCUUGUCGCUACAUGCUAGCGGCCGUUUCAGGGGGCCCACUAUUGAGUUUGCGAGUCACCCCCUGCCUGUUUAUCCGUAUUUCUCAAUAUUGGUCAGGGGCAGGGGCCAUAGUAGUCCAUAGUUACCAUAUUUACCAGUCCAUUAGCCACCCACACCCAUAACCCAAUCA